UUGACGGUCGUCAGCCGGCACGUGGCUUGUUGCAGAGGCUCGUAAUAUGGUUGCCUUCGGUUUGGUUGUUGUAUGUACAUCUCAGUAAUGUGAAUUUAGUUGAAAAGGCCUGCAUUUUACAGUUCUUAUAUACCGUUUUUUAACCAACAGCAGCCAUGGUAAAGGAUCAGUUUAGGGAAACUGAUGUGGCUAAGAAAAUAAGUCACAUUUGUUUCGGAAUGAAGUCGGCGGAACAGAUGAGACAACAAGCGCACUUACAAGUUGUCAGCAAAAACUUGUACAGUCAGGAUAUGGGUCACACACCUUUGCCCCAUGGUGUGCUAGACCAUCGCAUGGGUACAAGUGAAAAGGACAGACCAUGUGAAACAUGUGGAAAGAAUCUUGCAGACUGUCUAGGACACUAUGGUUAUAUUGAUCUUGAACUGCCUUGUUUUCAUGUUGGAUACUUUAAAGCUAUUAUAGGAGUUCUUCAGAUGAUAUGCAAAACCUGCUCUCGUAUCAUGCUGUCAAGAGAAGAAAAGAAGCAAUUUUUGGAUUAUUUGAAGAGACCUGGGCUGACAUACUUACAGAAACGUGGUUUGAAAAAGAAGAUUUCAGAAAAGUGUCGGAAAAAAAACACUUGCUCAUACUGUGGAAGUUUCAGUGGCCCAGUCAAAAAGUGUGGUUUGCUCAAAAUAAUUCACGAGAAAUACAAGACAAACAAAAAAGUUGUUGAUCCAGUUGUAUCAGAUUUUCUACAAUCUUUUGAUAUUGCAAUAGAGCACAACAAAGAAGUGGAAUCAUUGCUGGGCAGAGCUCAGGAAAACCUUAACCCACUGGUUGUACUUAACUUGUUUAAGAGGAUUCCCUCAGAGGAUGUUCCGUUACUUUUGAUGAACCCAGAGGCGGGUAAGCCUGCUGAUUUGAUUCUGACACGGCUGCUAGUUCCCCCACUGUGUAUAAGACCAUCUGUGAUUAGUGACCUGAAAUCAGGAACCAAUGAGGAUGAUUUGACAAUGAAACUGACAGAAAUCAUCUUCCUCAAUGAUGUCAUUAAAAAGCAUCGAAUGUCUGGAGCUAAGACUCAGAUGAUCAUGGAAGACUGGGACUUUCUCCAGCUGCAGUGUGCUCUUUAUAUUAACAGCGAACUUUCAGGAAUACCUCUCAAUAUGGCACCUAAGAAAUGGACUAGAGGCUUUGUUCAGAGGCUCAAAGGAAAACAAGGAAGAUUCAGAGGAAAUUUAUCAGGAAAAAGAGUCGAUUUUUCUGGAAGAACAGUCAUUUCACCAGACCCAAACUUGCGCAUUGAUGAAGUAGCAGUGCCUGUACAUGUUGCCAAAAUAUUGACUUAUCCUGAAAAGGUGAACAAAGCUAACAUUGAUUUUUUGCGGACACUUGUACGAAAUGGCCCCGAAGUUCAUCCUGGAGCAAAUUUCAUUCAGCAACGCCAUACUAACAUGAAAAGGUUUCUGAAAUACGGUAACAGAGAGAAGAUGGCACAGGAAUUAAAAUUUGGAGACACAGUGGAAAGACACAUGAUAGAUGGAGAUAUUGUUCUCUUUAACAGGCAACCUUCCCUCCACAAACUCAGCAUCAUGGCUCAUAUUGCAAGGGUUAAGCCUCAUAGAACGUUUCGAUUUAACGAAUGUGUCUGCACACCUUAUAAUGCUGAUUUUGAUGGGGAUGAAAUGAAUCUUCAUCUACCGCAAACUGAAGAGGCAAAAGCAGAAGCCCUUGUUCUCAUGGGGACUAAAGCUAAUUUAGUAACCCCACGAAAUGGAGAACCACUUAUUGCUGCUAUUCAGGAUUUCCUUACAGGUGCUUAUCUUUUGACUCUGAAAGAUACUUUUUUUGAUAGAGCAAAGGCCUGUCAAAUUAUUGCUUCUAUUCUUGUCGGAAAAGAUGAGAAAAUAAAAGUUUGCCUUCCUCCUCCAGCAAUUUUGAAGCCAAUAAGAUUGUGGACGGGAAAGCAGAUAUUCAGUUUAAUUCUUAAGCCCAGUGAAACAUGUCCUGUGAAAGCUAACCUUCGAACAAAGGGCAAACAGUACUGUGGCAAAGGAGAGGACCUCUGCAGCAAUGAUUCUUUUGUUGUAAUACAGAACAGUGAGUUGAUGUGUGGCAGCAUGGACAAAGGAACACUGGGUUCUGGAUCCAAGAAUAACAUCUUUUACAUUCUCCUGAGAGACUGGGGACAAAUGGAAGCUGCAGAUGCAAUGUCCCGCUUAGCCAGACUUGCACCAGUUUUUCUUUCAAAUCGAGGAUUUUCUAUUGGCAUUGGAGAUGUUACACCAGGGCAAGGUUUGCUGAAAGCUAAACAAGAUCUUUUGCAUGCUGGAUAUAAGAAGUGUGAUGAAUACAUUGAGGCUCUUAAUACAGGCAAAUUGCAACAACAGGCUGGUUGUACAGCUGAAGAAACUUUAGAGGCACUUAUCCUAAAGGAGCUGUCUGUUAUCAGAGACCAUGCUGGAAGUGCCUGCCUGAGGGAACUGGACAAAAGCAAUAGCCCUUUAAUUAUGGCGUUAUGUGGCUCAAAAGGGUCUUUCAUAAACAUCUCACAAAUGAUUGCCUGUGUCGGACAACAGGCAAUCAGUGGCUCUCGCGUUCCUGAUGGGUUUGAGAACAGAUCCUUGCCACAUUUUGAGAAACAUUCAAAGCUUCCAGCAGCAAAGGGCUUUGUUGCAAAUAGUUUCUAUUCUGGCUUGACACCUACUGAAUUUUUCUUCCAUACUAUGGCUGGCCGUGAAGGUCUGGUGGAUACAGCUGUAAAAACAGCAGAAACAGGAUACAUGCAGAGACGUCUUGUGAAAUCACUUGAAGACCUCUGCUCUCAGUAUGACCUUACUGUGCGAAGUGCAACAGGGGAUAUAAUUCAGUUUAUUUAUGGAGGAGAUGGGUUAGAUCCAGCAGCUAUGGAGGGAAAAGAUGAACCUUUAGAAUUUAAGAGAGUGCUGGAUAAUAUAAGAGCUGUGUAUAGCUGCAAUGAUGAGCCAGCCCUCAGUAAGAAUGAAUUAGUUUUAACUGCUGAAUCUAUAAUGAACAGAAGUGAGUUUUUGUGUUGCCGGGACACAUACUUGCAGGAGAUUAAAAAGUUCAUCAAAAUAGUUUCAGAAAAGAUCAAGAAAACAAGGGACAAGUAUGGCAUUAACGACAAUGGAACGACAGAGCCAAAGGUUCUAUAUCAGCUGGACAGGAUUACACCAACACAACUUGAGAAAUUCUUAGAGACAUGUAGAGACAAAUACAUGAGAGCCCAAAUGGAGCCUGGAUCUGCCGUUGGUGCAUUGUGUGCACAGAGCAUUGGAGAACCUGGAACACAGAUGACACUGAAAACAUUUCACUUUGCUGGUGUUGCUUCUAUGAAUAUCACUCUUGGUGUCCCUCGAAUUAAAGAAAUCAUCAAUGCUUCCAAAAAUAUCAGCACACCAAUUAUAACAGCUAAUUUGGAUAUUGAUGAUGAAGCGGAUUUUGCCAGGCUUGUGAAAGGAAGAAUAGAAAAAACCCUCCUUGGAGAGAUUUCAGAAUAUAUUGAAGAAGUCUUCCUUCCAGAUGAUUGUUUUAUUCUUGUAAAGUUAUCUUUGGAAAGAAUUCGCCUAUUGAGGUUGGAGGUGAAUGCUGAAACAGUGCGGUAUUCAAUAUGCAUUUCUAAGUUAAGAGUGAAACCUGGAGACAUUGCAGUGCAUGGAGAAGCAAUUGUUUGUGUGUCUCCACGUGAGAACAACAAGAGCUCUAUGUAUUAUGUCCUACAGUCUCUCAAAGAAGACUUGCCAAAGAUUGUGGUUCAAGGCAUACCAGAAGUUUCUAGGGCUGUCAUUCAUGUUGAUGAACAAAGUGGAAAAGAAAAAUUUAAGUUACUGGUGGAAGGAGAUAAUCUCCGUGCAGUCAUGGCAACUCAUGGUGUCAAAGGAACAAAAACAACUUCAAACAAUACAUAUGAGGUUGAGAGGACAUUGGGUAUUGAAGCUGCCCGAACAACCAUUAUCAAUGAGAUUCAAUAUACAAUGGUGAAUCAUGGAAUGAGCAUAGAUCGAAGACAUGUUAUGUUGCUUGCAGAUCUUAUGUCAUACAAGGGUGAAAUUUUAGGAAUUACCAGAUUUGGUUUAGCAAAGAUGAAGGAGAGUGUUCUUAUGCUUGCUUCUUUUGAAAAAACUGCUGAUCAUUUAUUCGAUGCUGCAUACUUUGGACAAAAAGACUCUGUAUGUGGUGUAUCUGAAUGUAUAAUUAUGGGGAUCCCAAUGAAUAUUGGAACAGGUCUUUUUAAACUGCUACAUAAGGCUGAUAAGGUUCCAAAUCCUCCAAAAAGGCCACUAUUGUUUGAUAAUACUGAAUUUCACAUUUCCCUUGUGACAUAACAAAAAUGGAUAUCUUCACUAAAAAAGUUUUUUUCUCUUGAAUGAUAAUUUUGAAAUUAAGCUAAAAGUGAAGCUUAUGUUACUUGACUGAACUUUUAAAUUGUUUUCAUAAACACACAAUGCAACUGUGUGUAUGUAUAGUUGUUAUUCUGAAACCUUUUGUUUUAUAUAAAAUAAUAUAUAUCAGCAGAACAUAAGGUUUAAUGUAUAUAAGUAUUUUUUCCUCAUAGUGUGUAUAUUAUCUGUAAAAGAGCAUUUCUUAAUCUGUUGCAUAAAAAUAUAUAUAAUUACGGUAGAAUAGGUUUCUACAACCUGAUGACUUGAAUAUGUGUUUGGAAGUAUUAAAGCAAGUAGAAAAAUAAUUCUUUCAUGCUACCUUAGACAAAUUAAAGAUUUCCUCAUUGUAAAUUUAUAAAAAGAGAUUCUUUAUUGUGCAUGCUUAUUUAAAGUAUUUGUUAUAAUACUUGUUAGAGUUACUUGCAUAUAACUUUCCAUAUCAGUGAUUUAAGUUAGAGAUGCUCUUAAUUUAACAGUCUUCUUUGUUAUAAAUUGUUUUGUUAUUUUACAUAAAUACUUUGAAGUAUUGGCACUUUACAUCCUGAUAGAAUAAGCAAGAAGUGUAAAAAUAAAGUGAAACUGGUUGGUAUUUGAAGCCUA